ACGCACUUCCAAGGCAACUGUGCUAAUUUAUUCCUUUUUAGGACAUCUUUGUUUUGUAAUAAUCUUCUACUGCGUAAAACCAGAAUACGGAAUUGAGUUUAUAUUUCUCAUAAACUCCUACAAUUCUUUUUAAUCCUACGAAUUUAUGAUCGAGCGAGAUUUCUUCGAUUUGUUUGACUUGGUAGUUCGAUCCUUGGAACCGAAAUAUGGAAAGACAACUAGAUAGGGAAGACUUCUUGAUGUUAUCUUAACAUCCAAGGAAUUUGCGAUCUUGAAAGUCCAAGAACACGGAGAACGACUAGCCAUUCCUUUUUGCCAACUCCAUUUUGGCUCAAGUUCCACGAUUCCAAGAUGAUGGCAACGAGGAAUCCUAAAGUUGCUCCCAAAAAAUCUAGUGUCAAAGCUAAAUCAAGAGAAACAGCUAAAGAACAAGCUUGGACAGACACAGAUGACACAGAAACUACUAAAGAAUCUGGUGAUAUCCCAGAACAAGCUAAGGACUCUAGUGAACAGAGUGAUCAAAGUGAACCAAGUGUGCCACAAAAGGGUAGCGUUAUAUCAGUACGCGAGGCACCAGACUCUGAAAAAGAUCCACUUGAAGGGCCUUCAGACGUGGACACGAUUGGUGCAUCAGAAGUGAAUGGAAUAUCAAAUGGUGUAGGAGAACAUUAUCCAAUGACGACAGAUACUGAGGUACCUUAUGGAACUGAGACAGACUCCAUGGGUAGUAUAGAAAGUGGAACUAAAAGGAGAAUUAAAAGGAAUACAGUAGUACCAACUGAUGGCGAGGAUACAAGUGGACGGCAGACUCCAGAAAGUGAAACCAGAAAAGAUGCUUGGAGUGCUGCCGAAGCUGAUAUUUCAGAGUCUGAUGCUGCACCCAGUAGGCCUAGCUCUGCUGCAGCUAUGUAUGGACAAGCUCUCACUAAAUCUAAGAGCCGACCAGCUACAGCUCCUGGUAAAAGACCACUCCCUCUUCCUGUUGAACGACCAAUGACAGCUCCAUCUUCUGCAUUAUUGAACAAAAACAAAGCUAGACCUAAUAGCAAAUUGCGCGAUCCUGUGGCAAGUACAUCAGCUACUCAACCAGAACAACAGGAUAAAACACUAGAAAAUUGGUCAAAUGACAAGCAACUGGCAUUAACUAAUGGGGAAACAAAAGAACCUUGGAGUCUGGACAUAGUAAAAGAUGGAACAAGAGAUGGAGCUAGCACAGUAUCCAGUUGUGAUCUGCUUGCUCCACCAAAGCUGAGUGGAGAACAGAAUGCCUACAUACCCUUUUUCUAUGCCAGAGAGUGUAUUCAAAAGGUUAUGGAUGACAUGAAGAGAAUGAAAGCAAGUCAUAUCAAAGUCGUUGAUCAAAUACAGGAUCAGUACAGACUGAUAGAAGAUGAAAUCCAGGGCAAGUUCAAUACUUUUGUGAUUGGACUCAGAUCUCAAUAUUCAGAUAAGGUGGCUACGUUUAGGCAUGUGAUUGAAAUACACAGAGAAGACACUACCCAUAAACAACAGUACUGGCAGGAAACAGUCAAGAGCAUCCAGGCUAAGAACAAAAAGCUUUUACAAGAGAAACGAGAAUUGAUGGUAAAGAACAGAGAUGAAUUUAAUAAGCUGGAGGAAGAAAAGACUAAAGCAGUUAAAGACUUGACGGACAUGCUGGAUGCUAAGCAUGUAAAGUACACCGCAAUGCUACGAGAUUUUAAAAAUGAGCGAAAUAAAACACUGGAACUUGAGGAAAGACUCAAAUCACUGGAGGAGAAAAACGCAAAGCUACAAGAAGAGUUCGAUUCCAACAAAGGAACGCACGAACAAGAGCUGUCAGUUAUCAAAGCAAAACAUGAAGAAGAGCUGCAAGAACAGAAACAACAGCUCGAUCAGUUGAUAAAAGAAAAGGAUGAAACGCUGGAAAAAGAGAGGAAAGAGAAUGAGGAAUCUGUAGAAGAAGAGAAACGAAGAUUGUCUGAAGAGAACCAGAAACAACUCGCUGAAAUUGAGGCAAAGGAGGCCGAGUUGACAUCUUUGAGAGAAGAAUUAGAGCGAAUGAAAGUUGCAGGCGUUGCUGUUGCUGCUGCUGCUAUUCCUACCAAAGUAGUAUCAACGACACCAACUUCCUCUGCAGUCGUCGAAACACCAGCAACUAAAGAAGAAAGCCAUGAAGAACUAAAGGAAAAAGCCGAAGGAGAAUUAGCUGAAACCAAAGUUGUUAAUGUAACAACGACUGUACAAGAUACCAAAGAGAUAAACAAGCUUAUUGAAGAAAAAAACAGGUUAACAGAAGAAAAGUCCAAGAUAGAAGAAGAACUGAAAAAGUUUGAAGACGAAGCUAAAAAAGUUAAAGAAGAGUUAGAAAACGAAAAACAAACAGUAAUAAAGCUGCAAGAAGAGAACAGUCAGUUUGGAAAAGAAAAGACAAGAUUCGAAAAACAUGCAGCUGAAAAUAAGCAGGAAAUCCGUGAGCUUCGUGUACAGUGUACGACUCUUCGUGAGCAGCUUCAAGGCUUGCUUGAGGCUACAGCACAAAACAAAGAUGACAAAGAGACAGAGGAGAAGCUACAGGCUGCAGAAAAUGAGAAGAAAGCUCUUGAAGAGGAACAAGCGAGAAUGAAAGAAGACUUUGAAAAAUGGAAAGAGCAGUAUCAAGCUGAACAUGACGGCGAGGAACCAACUGAAGAUGACAGGAGCGAAGAAAUACAGCAAAUGAUGGAGAAGCUAAAAGAAGAGGAAGAAAAACUACAGAAGGCACAAAAUGCGAUCGCUGUUAUGACCAUGUUGAAGGAAGGUUCUGUUCCAGACACUCUACCUGUGGCUGCGGUGGGUGUAAGUAAUGAAAAACUCGAAGAACUUGAAGAAAAAAUCAACAAACUAGAAGAAGAACGAGAUAACCUUGAAGUUCAACUAGAAACACUAAAGAAAGGGAACGAAAAUGAGGUGGAAAAACUAAGCAAAGAAAUUGAUUCUCUAAAUGACAAGAAUUCUAGUCUAGAAGAGAAAAUAGACGAGCUGAAUUCUGAGAAUGAGGAGCUUAAAGCUGAGCUUAGUGAAGCAAGAGAUAGUGUUCCUAUGUCGCCUCCUACAAGUCCAGGCCUGGCUGUUGAAGGUGAAGAUGUGUCGGAAAUGUCGUCAAGACUGGUGGAGCUACAAGAUGAACUAACUAAAGCUGCACAGGAACUCGAGCAAGAGAAAGCUGACAGGUCGGCUAGAAUGGAUGAACUGGAAGUUCUGAAACAGGAGAUUGAAAAUCUGAAGGAAGGUUCUGCUGGAGAUACAGACAAUCUCAGGGCAGAAUUAAACUCGACAAAAGAAAGAUUGGAAGCCGAGAUUGAAUCAAAGAACAAAGAUUUAGAUCAAGCCAAGAAGAGGAUUGAAGAGCUAGAAAAACAGCUCAUGGCGAACAUUCCUAUCGACACAGCGAAAGAAAUGAAAUCCUAUCAAGAGAGAUUGACCACGCUUCAGGAAGAGAAGAAUAACUUGACAAAAGAGAACCUGGCUCAAAAGGCUAGCGUUACCACUCUCUCUGCUAAAAUUGAAACCUUGAAUAACAAUCUCGAAAGGCAGAAGAAGAAUGAAAAAGAGCUGCAGGAGACAAACAAGAAAAUGAGGUUCGAAAAAGACAAAGAAGUAAAAGAAGCAAAAGAGAAAGUCGAAUCCAAGUCGAAACAAAAGAUCGAGGAGAACAACAAGAUGAUCCAAAUGCUACAGAAAAGGAUCAAAGAACUGGAAGCGUCAGGAGUUCCUCAUGGCGACGCCAAGGUGGACACUAGUGCUCCAAAGAGAAAGGAUUCCAGGGCGGUCGAUCCCGAGAAGUUGGCGAAAGAGAAAGAGAAGCUGUUAGCACAGAUCGACGCACUGAAAAAAGCUGCACAGGAGGAUCAUAAGAAGAUCAAAGCCUUGGAGAAAGAAGCAAGAGAUGCUGCUAAGAAUGCUAAGCCGGCUGGACCCAGCGCUGAAGAUAGAGCAGCAAGUAAGAAAAUGGAAAAACAAUUAAAAGAUGCACAGAGGAAUCUCGAGAUGGAGAAAAAGAAAUUCGAGAAAGUCAAAGAAACGCUAAGUAAAACAGAAGAAGAACUGAAAGACUUGAAAAAGGAACAUGAUUCUCUUGUGGCUGAAAGCAAGAAAGAUAAAGCAGACCUCGCUAAACUUGGUGUGGCAGCCGAGGAAGGCCUGGCUGCCCAGGAGAAGGUUGAUGAACUGACUAAAGAAGUGAAGACACUACGCGAUGAGAACAAGUCGUUAUCCGAUAAUUACAACAGCGAGAGGAUUCUUCGUAAGAAAUACUACAACAUGGUGGAGGACAUGAAGGGCAAGAUUCGCGUCUACUGCAGGGCCAGACCACUCAGCAGUACUGAGAAAGGAAGAGGUAACCACUCGGUCAUCAAAUCUCCUGAUGAAUACUCCAUCAUUGUCAGUACCGCUAGAGGACCCAAGGACUUUAACUUUGAUCAAGUCUUCACACCUGACCAUGGACAAGAGAAAGUAUUUGAAGAUACUAAUAACCUAAUCCAAUCAGCCGUGGACGGAUACAACGUGUGUAUCUUCGCAUACGGACAGACUGGCUCUGGAAAAACGUUUACCAUGAUUGGAGAUAAAGAAGGGAAUUACCCUGGUAUUGCUCCUCGUGCUAUGGAAGCUAUCUACCGACUCUUGGAAGAAAACAAGAAAAAAUUCUCAUUUAAAGUUUAUACAUAUAUGCUGGAGUUAUACAACGAUAAACUGAUUGAUCUACUUGCUCCUGCAAACAAAGAGCCCGCCAAGCUUGACAUCAAGAAAGAUAAAAAGGGAUUGGUUUUUGUCAACGGUUCCGUCUUGUUAGAAGCAGCAACAAGAGAAGAGUUGUGGGCGAUCUUUGAGAGAGGUUCUGAGAAUCGUCACGUGUCUUCCACAAAGAUGAAUGCAGAGAGUUCACGAUCACAUUUGAUCCUGGGAAUAGUGAUAGAGAGUACCAACUUGACGUCAGGCGCCGUCGUCAAGGGAAAGCUCAGUCUUGUCGAUUUAGCUGGAUCUGAACGUGCAGCCAAGACUGAGGCAUCAGCUGAGCAGCUUAAGGAAGCCCAAUCGAUUAAUAAGAGUCUUAGCGCCCUUGGUGACGUCAUCUCAGCUCUGUCCAGUGAUCAAUCAUUCAUUCCAUAUCGUAAUAACAAACUCACACUACUUAUGCAGGACUCUCUUGGUGGUAACGCAAAGACACUUAUGUUCGUGAACAUCUCUCCUGCUGACUACAACACAGACGAAACCAUUACCUCACUCACGUACGCCUCUCGUGUUAAACUUAUCACUAACGACGCACAGAAGAACUCCGACAACAAGGAGAUCGCUAGACUGAAAGGAAUUAUUUCAAAACUCAAGAAGGGCGAAUCUAUUGACGAAGAUGUUGAAUAAAAUCCAAAUGUUGCUGAAUCAAUAUCAUAAAAUCGUAUCAUAAAAUCAACAUCAUAAGUUAGAUGUCAUGGGUAUCAAUAAUAGAAAAAUCAUCAAAAUAGUCAUCAUCUUCAUCGUCACAUUAUCGUUUUCAUUUUCAUCAUCCAAUAUUCCGGCCCAACAGUAUUAUCAUCAUUAUCACAUGUAGUAAAAUUUGGCAGUUAGCAAGAUGACGCAGCCUCAAGAGAGGCAAGGACGUUCGUUUUUCGUGCGUGGCAUGUCUCCUAGGAGCAGGCGUAGCUCAGUUGGUUAGUGCGCGACCUUCAGAGCUUGAGGUCCACGGUUCGAUCCUUAGGAUCUCCACGUCUGUUUCGACUUCUCUCUAAUCCGUGUAGCUUCAGCUUUAAAUACU